CCUAGCAGUGCCACCUGUCAGUGUCAAUCAAUGCCAGCUGUCAGUGCUCCUAUCAGUGCCAGCCAGUGCCACCUAUCAAUGCCAGUCAGUGCCACCUAUCAGCACUGCCAAUCAGUGCCACUUAUCAGUGCCAGUCAAUGCUGCCUAUCGGUGCCAGUCAAUGCUGCUUAUCAGUGCCCAUCAGUGCCGACUAACAGUGACAGUCAGUGCCACCUAACAGUGACAGUCAGUGCCACCUAUCAGUGCCAGUCAGUGCUGCCUAUCAGUGCCAACUAUCAGUGCCGCCUAUCAGUGCCAUAUAUGAGUGCUGCCUUCCAGUGCCCAUCAGUGAUACCUGUCAAUGCCCAUCAGUGCCACUUACCAGUGCCUCCUCAUCAGUGCCCCUAUCAGUGCCCAUCAGCAGCCUAUCAG